AUGACAGGAGGCACCGCAUCAAACCGAUCGGCCCUGGUGUUGGUGGCCUGGCUGGUCCUGCUCGGUAUGCCGCCGACGUUCGCCUUCUGUCCGUCGCUGUGCACCUGCGAGAGCGAUCGCUAUCUGCGCACGUCCUGCAUCAACGCGUCGCUGGAGGUCGUCCCGAUCCAGCUCAAUCCGGACGUGCGAUACAUCAACCUGACCGCGAACCAGAUUACGAACGUACACUUCACGCUGUCGUUCUACUAUCAGCUCGAGUCGCUCGAUCUGUCCCACAACCGGAUCGAUUCGCUCGGCUCCAAGAACUUCGAGUCGCAGGAAAAACUGCGCACGCUCAACGUGAGCCACAACGUGCUGCAGGCACUGCAGAAGGACGCGUUCCGGGGGUUGAAACGCCUGGAGUUGCUACUGCUCAGUGACAAUCUGCUGGAGCAGAUCCAUCCCACCGCCUUCCAGACGCUCGUCAGCUUGCGACGGCUCGAGCUACGCAACAAUCGCCUGGUGAGCCUCGAGUUCGGGGUGUUGAAGCAUCCGACCGCCCUGGAGUCGCUGCUACUCGAAAACAACCAACUCUUGGAGGUACCGUACGAGGGGAACCUGGAACACUUGCGAUCGUUGCGCCACCUCGAACUGUCCACCAAUCUGAUCGAGUUCGUGGCGAACGAUAGCUUCGGUGCAUUGCAAGAUCUGCGCACGUUGCAGCUCGCCGGCAACGUGCUGACGGAGCUCGAUCAAGGCGCGUUCAACGGGCUAACGGCGUUGCAACUCAUCGAUCUGGCGGAUAACAAUCUAACGACGAUCCCCACGGGCCAGCUGGCGAAGCUGUACAAUCUCACCACGCUGUCGCUGAGCGGCAACUCGUUCGUGCAACUCCCGGCGGUCGCCUUCCGGAGUCUGUUUCAGCUGCGCGAACUGCACCUGGACCGUCUGGACCGGCUGGAGCACAUCGAUCCCAGAGCUUUCAUCGACAACACCCACCUGCAGGUGUUGACGCUGGACGAUAACCCAUCGUUCGAGGUGCUUCCCGUGCGCCUGUUUCACGGCAACCCACACCUGACCGACAUCUCGAUCCGUCGGAAUGCGCUCCUCACGCUCGAUGCUGUGCAGUUCCCGCUCGAUCGGCUGCAGCGCCUAAAGUUGGCCGGCAACCCGCUCGUCUGCAACUGCACCAUCCGCUGGCUGUGGCGUCUGGUGACCGGUACGAUCGAGGACGAUGACGAUGCCGAUGCGGACGGCGUGGGAUUCCUGGGCCGACCACCACCGGACUCCAACAUCACGACGGUGCUGCUGAUCGACAAGGACGAGAUCGGGUGCGAUCUGAACGAGGAUGGGCUGGUGACCCGGCGCACGCUACGCCACAUGUCCGAGGGGGACAUCAACUGUCCGGCUCACCUGGCGACCGUGUUGAGUGUGUUGCUGGCACUGGUCCUACUACUCCUGGGGGCCGGUGCCGUGCUGGUGUACCGUCGGAGGGCUCGCGAACGCAAGAAGAUCCUGCAGGAACGCAAGAACGUCCACGAGCGCAUCGUUCCGCAGAAGGUGGACAAACUCGAGCUGGAACGCUACCUAGCGCAGCAGGUCCUGUCGAAUGAUUACCGCGAACUGAGGCCACCGGCUUGCGAUCUGCCCGUCCGAUACGAUCUGAAGUAUCCGGACCAAACGUCCCAUCCGGCGGUCGGUGGCGAUCAGCAUCCCGAUGCGGACUCCGAUCACUACGAGAACAUCGACUACCUCCAGCAUCAGCGAGUGCUGGGCAAUGGGUCGGCCACGAUCGGUGCUCCGACGACGAUGAUCGGGAAUCCGUUCCACCAGCUACAGCAGGCGCAGUACGCGUACGGACACCAACCGCAAGGACGCCAGGUACAGCCCGCGAUGACCAUGCAGCAUCCGCACAAGUUCCCGCAUCACCAUCCGCACCACCACCACCAUCAGCAGCACCACCACCACCACCAGCAGCAGCAGCAUCCGGAUCCGGGAACCGCGAACAUGAACACGUUGCCCUCGGCCGGGUCGACACCGGCCCGGAGCCUCAACAACUAUUCGCCCAACUUCUUCAUCUACGUCGUGUACUCGCACUUCGUGCUGAUCCUGCUGGCGUUAUGAUGAGGCAAAUGCUGUGAAGUGCGAUGAAAACCCCGAGGGCCGCCCGAGGACACCACGGCCAAGGCUAGUAAGUGAACGUCUGUUAUGCUGCGGCUGCGGUACCAGAAUGUUGUUCCCCUAUUGGAUCCCGUUUACCGAACGCGAACACGAUCCCCAGGUGAUCGUUCGAUCGUUCCCAUUCGUUUUCUAGGCCAUAUUAGUGAUUAAGCUUUGCCAUUUUAUUCCUUAUUUUAGUCGCGUCUUACCCUUUAGCGGUCGGUUUUUAUUAGCCGAAUGUGGAUUGUUUUCUCCAACUCACCAACGACGCCUUGACCACUUUCGGAUGUUAUUCUAAACUUAGAGCAGUUCGUUCGUUUCCUUCUCUUCCUUACUAACAUUCGUGCAAUCGUGCUUAGCCUCUCCCCUAGCGUAAGAUAAUCAUUUGAGUAACUUCCGUCGACGGAAGAAUCUGUUGCACCCGGACCCCGUCGGUGAGAGUGUGUAUUGUGUAUUGUAUUGUACAUAAGGGACUGGUGGUGUUGGUGCUCCGUGUUCUCGCUUCGCUAUCGUCCGCCAGUCGGUACCGAUACGAGCCACGUGUUCCGUGGUUUAGGCCGGAACCCGGAGAACUCUGUUAACGAAUUUCUAAUUCCCGCUCUUCCUCGAUAACUAUUUUUGUGUCCCCCCGAAAUCGGCUCUCGCCCUCCGCCAGUGCCCUCGAAAGCGGCCAGAGGCAGUAGGAACUGGUGGUUCUGUACAGUAGAUAGAGAUAAUUUAUAUUUUUCUAACCAAUUUAAGGACACAAGCAGCUAACACGAAGUACGCCGUAAGAAGAAGCAACUAGAUAAUGAGUCAGCAACACAGGGUCGAAGCAUGGAAUGGCAAUAAACUGUGUGUGCAAUGUGUGUAAUGUGUGUUGGUCUGCAAAACAUAAAAAAGUGACUCCCACACAUAAACAUAACCGGAAACCGUACGUACGGCGCCCACGUUUUGAUACAAAGCCGACGAAACCCACGCAAAGCCGAACUUUAUAAAAGACAAACUAAAUAUUCUAACGUUUUCCUACACGGCGUGAGAAGAAAGCAACCGAAAGAGUGAAGCGGAACAGGAACAGCUUAGAAAGAAGGGACAAAACAACCGAAAAAAUGAAUAUUCCGAGCAAUACCUAUAUUUAAGAAGUGUAAGAAAAAUCCGAAAUUUACCAAACAGAGAACAGAGUAAAAACAAAUGACAAACACUUGCCGUCAAAACAUGAUAAGUAACAGCAACACGAACACGGUAAGCGAUUAAUAGUGUUUUUCUUGUGUAACCACUUUGCCCCACACUCAACCGAUAGCGAAGCUGCCAGAGCCAAACAAAAAGCGAUUGAAAAUAUUUUGGAUCAAACCACGAACACGAAACCGCAAAACGCAACCACAACAUAGAUAAGAACAUAAGAAAAACCACAAAAGCUGCAUGGAAACUUAUAAUACUAAAACCCGAGCAAAAACCGAAAAAAUGUGUUAAAACUGAGU